UGUGCGAGCCAACAUUUGGACAGAGAACUUGCUCCUGUUUGUGUUAGUUUCCAGCAGAGAGUGAAGUCAGCGCUGAGCCCCACACCGAGAUGAAGAGCCUCCUCAUCCUCUCCUGGCUGCUGUGUGUCCGAGCAGAAGGUACUCAUGAGAGCAUACAAGUCCUAGGCUGUUCAGCCUCUGAUGGAGUGGACAUGUACGGCCUGGACGCUGAGGAGCUGGAGUACAUCGACUUCAAGAAGAAGGAAGCUGUCGAUGCUCAGCCCAAGUUUGUAGAUCAUGUGGAACACACAGGAUUUUAUCAACAGGCUGUGGCUAAUCUGGAGAACUGCAAACAAAACCUGGCAAUAGCUGAUCAAGCCUUAAAGAACCCACCAGUGAAACUCGACGUUCCUCACAGCACCAUCUACCCCCGAGACGAUGUGCAGCUCGAUGUGGAGAACCACCUCAUCUGCCACGUGAGCGGGUUCUUUCCCGCUCCUGUCUCCGUCUACUGGACCAGGAACAACCAGAACGUGACCGAGGGAACCAGCAUCAACACCCCGUACCCCAGCAAAGACGGAACCUUCACCCAGAUCUCCACCCUGAAGUUCACCCCCCAGCAGGGAGACAUCUACAGCUGCACGGUGCAGCACCCAGCUCUGGAGCAGCCGCUGACCCGAGUCUGGGAUGUGGAGCAGGACCAGCCGGGGAUCGGACCUGCGGUGUUUUGUGGACUGGGUCUGACCGUGGGUCUGCUGGGCGUGGCCACAGGAACCUUCUUCCUCAUCAAAGGAAAUGAAUGCAGCUGAUUGGCUGUCGCUGCCUUUAAUCUGCUUCUGUCUGCUGCUGAUCAACAUGGAGCACAGCGCUAACAUGCUAGCUAACACACUGAUAAAAUUCAGUUAAACAAAGAUUGUUUUCGAGAGAUUCAGUUUGAAGUUGCUGUUGGUUCCUGUGAUGCUUUAGCUUCUUACUUUCAAUCAACUUUCAACACAGCGCUAUCCCAAAGUCCAAAGCAACAUCCAGCUCCUCGUGAUGUGCGAGUCAUGAACGAGUCGCUCUAAACUCAAGACUCUUUUUAUUGACUCUGAAGAGCUGACUCCUCCUCUCCCUCCUGCCUGGUGAGGUGGACAGUGUGUCACUGCUGUGCAAGCCUUACAUUAAACUGUAAACUUACAUUAAAUUGUAAACUUACAUUAAAUGACUUUACAUGUGUCAACUAACAAGUUAGUUAAUGUAUUAACCAGUGACUCAGAGACUCAGAGACUCAGAGACUCGGUGACUCGGAGACUCAGUGACUCAGUAACUCAGUAACUCAGUGACUCAGUGACUCAGAGACUCUGACUCAGUGACUCAGAGACUCA